AUGCGUCUACAUUAUGCCAGCGAUAGCGCCAGCCAGACGGCAGCGGGCGGACGGUCGGUGGAUGUGGAUGAGCCGGCCGCGGAUGCCAUUCCCCAACAACAACAACAGCAGCAGCAGCAACAACAACAACUCGGAGCUCAAGCAGGACAAUCGCACCAGCAGCAACAGGCACCGCGUUUUACAACGCAUCCGUCGUCAUCGGGAUCUAUUGUUAGCGAAGGACGCACGAAGAUUUUACAGUGUCAUGCGCUGGGUUCGCCACAGCCCACAUAUCGCUGGCUCAAGGAUGGAAUACCCGUUGCCGAUUAUUCAUCCAGUCAAUUUUAUCGCAUUCACAUCACCAAGCGCGAGGAUGCCGGCAGCUAUCAGUGCAUUGCCAGGAACGAGGCUGGUUCGAUUUUCAGUGAAAAGAGCGACGUUGUUGUUGCCUACAUGGGCAUCUUCGAGAAUAUCACCGAGGGUCGUUUAACGGUUGUCAGCGGUCACCCGGCCAUAUUUGAUAUGCCGGCGAUUGAUUCGGUGCCGAAGCCAUCUGUCAUUUGGCAAACGGAGGAGGGUCCACUCAACUAUGAGAUCAAAUAUGCCGUCACCCAGGCGAAUCAGCUGAUUGUUUUGAGCGCCGAUGAGAGCGAUCGGAAGGCGUAUCGUGCACGUGCCAUGAACACACAGCUGGGCAAGGAGGAGAUGAGUGCGUUUGUCCAUCUGAAUGUCACUGGUGAUCCCUAUGUGGAGGUGGCGCCCGAGAUAAUCGUGCCGCCGCAAGAUCUCAAACUGAAGCGCGGCGAGGGCGUGGCCGAGCUGCAAUGCAUUGCCAAUGCACGACCACUGCACGAACUGGAAACGAUCUGGCUGAAGGAUGGCCAGCCCGUUGAGAAUGCCGGCAUAUCGCACACCCUGAACGAUCCAUGGAACCGCACCCUGGCCCUGCUGCAAGCCAAUAGCUCGCAUUCUGGCGAGUACAGCUGCCAGGUGCAUUUGCGCAGCGGUGGCUAUCAAACGGUUACGGCUACCGCCCGUGUUCAGAUCAUAGAGCCGCCCAUGUUUUUUACGGCCAUGCGUGCCGAGACUUUUGGCGAUUUUGGCGGUCAGGUGAUGUUGCCCUGCGAUGUGGUCGGAGAUCCCACGCCCCAGGUUCAAUGGUUUCGCAACGCUGAACCCAUCGAGGUGCAGUUACAAACUGGCGGAUACACGCUGAAAGCUGAUAAUACGUUGAUAAUUAAAAAACUGACGCUGGAGGAUGAGGGCAUGUUCCAAUGCCUGGCGAGCAAUGAGGCGGGCGAGAAAUCUGCCUACACCUGGCUGCGUGUGAAAACCACAGCCCCAGUGAUGGAGCAGCCGCCACAGAAUGUGACCGCACUGGAUGGCAAAGAUGCGACCAUUUCAUGUCGGGCCGUCGGCGCACCGAAUCCUAACAUAACCUGGAUUUAUAAUGAAACUCAACUGGUCGAGCUGUCGAGCCGCGUUCAGAUACUCGAAUCUGGCGAUUUACUCAUCUCAAAUAUACGCGCUUCCGAUGCGGGCCUCUACAUAUGUGUGCGCGCCAACGAGGCGGGCACCGUGAAGGGCGAGGCUUAUCUGGGUGUACUAGUGCGAACACAAAUCAUACAACCGCCGGUGGACACAACCGUGCUGCUUGGCCUGACCGCAACGCUCCAAUGCAAGGUGUCGAGUGACCCCAGUGUCCCGUUCAAUAUCGACUGGUACCGGGAGGGACAUCCGGCACCCAUAAGCAAUUCGCAGCGCAUUGGCGUUCAAGGAGAUGGCCAGCUGGAGAUACAGGCGGUGCGGGCCAGCGAUGUGGGCAGCUAUGCGUGUGUGGUUACCUCGCCCGGUGGCAAUGAGACGCGCGCGGCACGUCUCAGCGUUAUUGAGCUGCCAUUCCCGCCCAGCAAUGUGAAGGUGGAGCGCCUGGCCGAGUCGCGGCAGCGCAGCAUCAAUGUAUCGUGGACGCCGGGCUUCGAUGGCAACAGUCCAAUAUCCAAAUUUAUUAUACAGCGUCGAGAGGUCUCCAAAUUGGAAAAAUCCGAUGAUCCAGUACCAGAAUUGCUGCGCAAUUGGAUCACAGAGUUGAGCAACGUUUCUGCCGAUCAGCGUUGGAUUCUGCUCGAGCACCUGAAGGCAGCCACCGUCUAUCAGUUUCGCGUGAGUGCCGUUAAUCGCGUCGGCGAGGGCUCACCAUCCGAGCCAAGUAACGUCGUCGAGCUGCCCCAAGAAGCACCAUCGGGCCCGCCAGUUGGUUUUGUCGGCUCCGCCAGAUCUAUGUCGGAAAUCAUGACGCAAUGGCAGCCGCCGCUGGAGGAGCAUCGCAAUGGCCAUAUACUGGGCUAUAUACUGCGCUAUCGACUCUACGGCUAUAACAAUGUGCCCUGGACCUAUCAGAACAUCACGAACGAAGUGCAGCGCAGUUUUCUUAUCAAGGAGCUGAUUACCUGGAAGGAUUAUGUAGUACAGAUCGCCGCCUACAACGAAAUGGGUGUUGGCAUUUACACUGAGGGCGCCAAGAUCAAGACCAAAGAGGGCGUGCCAGAGGCGCCGCCCACAAAUUUGCGUGUAGUGGCCCUGAACUCGACGGCCGCCAAGAUCAGCUGGAAGCCACCGAAUCCGCAACAGAUUAACGGCAUCAAUCAGGGCUAUAAGAUCCAGGCGUGGCAGCAGCAUCACAUCGACGGCGAGCCACGUGACGUGGAGAAGCGCAUGAUGACGGUGCCGCCUAGUCUUAUCGAUCCGCUGGCCGAGCAGACGGCCAUACUCAAUGGGCUGGACAAGUACGCCAAGUACAAUAUCAGUGUGUUGUGCUUCACCGAUCCCGGCGAUGGCAUCAUCAGCCAAAAGGUGCCCGUCAUGACCAAAGAGGAUGUGCCCGAUGAGAUAACUGCCCUGCACUUUGAUGAUGUCUCCGAUCGUGCUGUUACCGUCCUGUGGGCCCCACCGCGCCACGCCAAUGGCCUGCUCACCGGCUAUACGGUGCGCUACCAGGUGCGCGAUCGUUCCGAGACCAUGAAGUCCAUUAAUCUAACCGCCGAGGACACACAGCUGACGGUUAAUCAGCUGCAGGCAACCACUCACUACUGGUUCGAGAUCUGCGCCUGGACAAGAAUUGGCAGCGGUGCACCCAAGACGGCAACCAUACAGUCGGGCGUGGAGCCAGUGCUCCCUCAUGCACCGACCAAUCUGGCGCUGUCCAACAUCGAGGCAUUCUCCGUGGUGCUGCAGUUUACGCCCGGCUUCGAUGGCAACUCGAGCAUCACCAAAUGGAAGGUGGAAGCGCAAACGGCACGCAACAUGACCUGGUUCACCAUCUGUGAGAUCAGCGAUCCCGAUGCGGAGACACUUACUGUGACCGGUCUAAUGCCCUUCACCCAGUACCGUCUGCGCUUGAGUGCCACCAAUGUGGUGGGUAGCUCGCGCCCCUCGGAGCCCACCAAGGAUUUCCAGACCAUACAGGCCCGUCCCAUGCACGCACCCUUCAAUGUCACCGUACGGGCAAUGAGCGCACAGCAGCUACGCGUCCGCUGGAUACCGCUGCAGCAGACAGAAUGGUUUGGCAAUCCCCGUGGCUACAACAUCACCUACCGUCAAAUGGAGCGUGUUGCUGGCGCCAUUAAGAGAACGCCGCGCAGCGUACUUAUCGAGGAUCACACGGCCAAUUCGCAUGUGCUGGAUUCUCUGGAGGAGUGGACCGUCUACGAGGUGCUAAUAAAUGCUUGCAACGAUGUGGGCUGCUCCCGCGCCAGUAAUUCGGCUGAAGAACGCACACGGGAGGCGACGCCAACGUAUGGACCAUUGGAUGUCCAAGCGAAUGCCACAUCCUCGACAACUGUGGUGGUGCGCUGGGGUGAGGUGCCGCGCCAGCAUCGGAAUGGUCAAAUCGAAGGCUACAAGGUCUUCUAUGCGGCCCCAGAUCGCGUCAACAUGGUGCCAGUGCUGCAUAAAACCAUCACGACCAACAGUUCCUUUACCACAACCCUGACCGAGCUUAAGAAAUAUGUCGUCUACCAUGUCCAGGUGCUGGCCUACACAAGAUUGGGAGAUGGUGCGCUAAGCACGCCACCAAUACGUGUCCAGACCUUUGAGGAUACACCCGGUGCACCGUCGAAUGUCAGUUUCCCGGAUGUGACCUUCUCGAUGGCCCGCAUCAUUUGGGAUGUUCCCGAUGAUCCGAAUGGCGAGAUACUCGCCUAUCAAGUCACCUACACGCUCAAUGGCAGCGCCAAUCUCAAUUAUAGUCGCGAGUUCCCACCCUCGGACCGCACUUUCCGUGCCACCCAGCUGCUAUCCGAACGCUAUUACAGCUUUAGUGUGACCGCCCAAACACGACUGGGCUGGGGCAAGACGGCCAGCGUGCUCGUAUACACCACCAACAACCGGGAUCGUCCGCAGGCGCCAUCAGUGCCGCAGAUCUCGCGCAGCCAGAUCCAGUCUAGUCAGAUCACAUUCAGCUGGACACCGGGUCGGGAUGGCUUUGCACCGCUCCGCUACUACACGGUCCAAAUGCGCGAGAACGAGGGUCCAUGGCAGCCGCUUCCGGAGCGCGUAGAUCCUUUGUUGAGCUCGUAUACAGCCCUGGGAUUGAGACCGCAUACAACCUACCAGUUUCGCAUACAGGCCACCAACGAUCUGGGCCCCUCGGCCUUCAGUCGCGAGAGUAUUGUGGUGCGCACCCUGCCUGCCGCCCCAGCCAUUGGGGUGGGUGGAUUGAAGGUGGUGCCCAUUACGACGACAUCGGUGCGCGUGCACUGGAACGCACUGGAGACAGGCAUGUGGAAUGGGGAUGCAGCAACCGGUGGCUAUCGCAUCUUGUAUCAGCAGCUCUCGGACUUUCCCACGGCCCUGCAGUCGACGCCCAAAACGGAUGUCAUGGGCAUCAAUGUAAACAGUGUGGUGCUCUCCGAUCUGACGCAGGAUCGUAACUAUGAAAUUGUCGUGCUGCCAUUUAAUUCCCAGGGACCGGGUCCGGCAACGCCGCCAGCGGCAGUUUAUGUUGGCGAGGCGGUGCCCACUGGAGAACCACGCGCUGUGGAUGCUGCGUCCAUAUCCAGCACCGAGGUGCGCCUACGCUGGAAGCCACCCAAGCAGAGUAUGCAGAAUGGCGACAUUUUGGGCUACAAGAUCUUCUACCUGGUCACGUCUUCACCACAAGCGCUCGAGCCAGGCCGCAAGUGGGAGGAGGAAAUCGAGGUCGUCUCCGCCACGGCCACGUCGCACAGUCUCGUCUUUCUCGAUAAGUACACCGAAUACCGCAUCCAACUGUUAGCCUUUAAUCCUGCCGGCGAUGGACCACGUUCUGCACCCGUUACGGUCAAGACGCUUCAAGGUGUGCCAAGCGCUCCGCUUAACUUGCGCUUUUCGGACAUCACAAUGCAGAGUCUGGAGGUGACUUGGGAUCCGCCCAAGUUUCUCAAUGGCGAAAUUCUGGGCUAUCUGGUGACCUACGAGACCACCGAGGAGAAUGAGAAGUUUAGCAAGCAGGUGAAGCAGAAGGUAUCGAAUACUACGCUGCGCGUCCAGAACCUGGAGGAGGAGGUCACCUAUACAUUCACCGUGCGCGCCCAGACCAUUGACUAUGGACCCGCGGUUAGCGAGAAUGUGACCACAGGUCCACAGGACGGCUCUCCCGUUGCACCGCGCGAUUUGAUACUCAGCAAGACGCUCUCCAGCGUCGAGAUGCACUGGAUUAAUGGACCAUCUGGUCGUGGACCCAUCCUUGGUUACCUCAUCGAGGCCAAGAAGCGCGAAAAAGGAGAGCCCUCGUUUAUAUAUGAUUCGCGCUGGACAAAGAUUGAGCAGACGAAGAAGGGCACCAUGCAGGAUUUCACCGUUAGCUACCAUAUAUUGAUGCCAUCGACUGCGUAUACAUUCCGCGUGAUUGCCUACAACCGUUAUGGUAUAUCGUUUCCGGUGUACUCCAAGGAUUCUAUAUUGACCCCAUCGAAGCUACAUCUCGAAUACGGAUAUUUGCAGCACAAGCCAUUCUACAGGCAGACAUGGUUCAUGGUCUCGCUGGCAGCCACAUCGAUAGUCAUCAUUGUGAUGGUCAUUGCCGUGCUCUGUGUGAAGAGCAAGAGCUACAAGUAUAAACAGGAGGCACAGAAAACAUUGGAAGAGUCCAUGGCCAUGUCGAUUGAUGAACGCCAGGAGCUGGCAUUGGAGCUGUAUCGUUCGCGUCACGGCGUUGGCACGGGCACACUGAACAGCGUGGGCACACUGCGCAGCGGCACGCUUGGAACCCUGGGCCGCAAGUCGACCAAUCGACCCCCGACAAAUGUGCAGCUAGGCAAGAGUCCUCCAAGGCCGUCGCCCGCUUCGGUAGCCUAUCACAGCGAUGAGGAGAGUCUUAAGUGCUACGAUGAGAAUCCAGACGACAGCAGCGUUACCGAGAAGCCAUCAGAGGUGAGCAGCUCCGAGGCCUCACAGCACUCGGAGAGCGAAAAUGAGAGCGUACGCAGUGAUCCGCACUCAUUUGUAAAUCACUAUGCCAAUGUCAAUGAUUCAUUGCGUCAAUCGUGGAAGAAGACAAAGCCGGUGCGCAACUAUUCUAGCUAUACAGACUCCGAGCCGGAGGGCAGCGCAGUGAUGAGCCUCAAUGGUGGCCAGAUUAUUGUCAAUAAUAUGGCCAGAUCGAGGGCGCCACUGCCCGGCUUCUCCUCAUUUGUCUGACAAUCAACCGAAUUCUAAGAUCUAAGCAACAGUAGCAGCAGCACCGUCAUCAGGGAGACAUUCGUCUAAGCAGACGCAACAGGCGCAACAUGCACACCUAAAUGAAUUUCAUGCUAGGAACAGGAAGCAAACCAACAAUAUUCAUCCAGUGGCAUUCCCCCUUGUUGUGUGUGUGUGUGUGCAUGUGUGCGUGUGCGCGUGGGCGUGUGUAUGUGUCUGUAUGGAUGCUGUGACAUGUGUUUAGCUGCUGCCGCUGAGCUGCUAUAUGAACAUUUCGUUAUCUAUAUACGUAUAAUUUAUAGUUUCUAGUACGAGAGAUCUGAGAUUUACAAGCAUUUAAUUUUAAAAAAAUGUUCCACUGACCCAGCCCCAAUAAUUAUUCCUAUGAUUAUUAUUAUUUUAUUGUAAUUUUUACAUAUUUUCCUUUUUUUUUUGUAUUUUAAUUUGUUAAUUAACUUAUUUGUUUGCGCUGCGUCCGUUGUCUGCCACGCCCACAACUAGUUCGUAACUGACAUUUAUCGAAAGCAAAAACUUGUGAUACGUAAAUUUUUGCAAGGUUUCGGUAGUAGUUUUUUUUUUCUUGUAUGGAAAAUUUUUCGUUGUGUUCAGUGGGUGAAUGAUGUGAAUGUGAUUGUGAAUGAUCAACUCUUUUUAGCCCUGCGCAAUCUCAUUAUUUUUAAAUAUUAAACUAUUUUACAACUGAAGAAAACAAAAAACAA